GGGGCAGCGUGGCUGCGUGCGUCAGCUGUUUGUGUGGCGCGGAGAAGCUGGGCUGUCGACAGCGCUAAACCUAGCCGCGUACUAGCUUCCCGUGAGAUACUACACGAAGCUGAGUGAUAUUCGCUGCUCGGCCGCCGAGCCGGACGGACGUGUGGCGGCAGCGCUGGGAGGGCUGGCGUAAACAGCGGCUGUGUGGCUGUUACGAAGACUUCCAGCCACUAUGGCGGGGAGGCCCACCCCUGGCACUCACAGUCAUCCCCACAGCUACCACGGCCGGACUCCUGUUGUUGCAGCACCACCGACGACUCCAUGUCACACUACUCCACCUGAUGAAGCUGCCAUCGCUCGCAUGUGGAGCCUUUCUAGCAAGGAGAGAGUCAGGAGGCUGUCGCAGGCAGUAACAGAGGGAGCUGUGGAAGAUGUGCGGGUGUUGCUGGCGGCAGAUCCACAAAUGGGGGAGAGCGACAAACACAGAGAGAUGGCCCUGCGCAGGGCAGCAGGCAAGGGACAUGUGGAGAUGGUGAGAUGCCUGCUUGAAAGUGGGGUGGAUGUGCAUGCCAGGUCCAAUAAGCACACCACACCUAUGCACAGGGCUGCAUUGAAUGACCACGCAGCUGUGGUGCGGCUACUGGCAUCAUACGCUGCAGACCCCAAUGCCAUGAGUAAAACAGGGAGGACGCCACUGCACUGCACUGCACAAAAGGGCUGCACUGAGGCAGCUGUUGCACUGCUUGAGGUGGGAGCUCACAGGUCUGCCAGAGAUCAUGAGGGGUACACCCCCUUUGACAUAGCCAGGGAGUGCAACAAUGAGCAGAUCAUACACAUUCUAUCAAGAAGGUAACACUAUUAUGAGGAUAUGUGGAGUAAAACAAAGCUCAACUACAUGACUUUGUUACCUUUUCAAUAAAAAGCAAUUACUUGUAUUUUUAUUCGUUCGUAUCUGUCAUUGUGUAACACGUAUGACUUCUUCAGUUACACUUUUAUUGGUACGACAAUAACAGAUAUAAAGUAACAUAUGUAACGUCUCUUUUGAGGAAACAGUCUCAAAAACAUUUUUGAAUAACCUUUAAAAACUCAGUGAUUGAAAAUACUCCUAUAAUUAUCAAAAAACGUCGGGUCAUUACCUGAAACUUUAAUUUAUUCUGCUGUAUAGAAUGCUCAAGCAAGUUAAUGCAGGGAUGUGACCCCUUCGACAACUGCUGAUACUUUGACAUUGCGAAAUAUUGGUGGUUGUAAGGCAUUAUCCAGUUGCAAGUCUGUAAGAUAUUUUAACCAGUCCUCUACAUUAUUUGAUUACUCAAAAGUAUUUGGCAGGAGCUUGUAUGGUGCUACAUUAUACUAGUGUAAAACUGCAGCAUUCCAAAAUUUCUGCCAUGUCAGCUGUAUGGUUAGAAUGCUUAUUUAGAACUGAUUGAUCUCAGAAUGAAUUUACUUCUGUGUCUUCUGUACAGAUGGUGCAGUGUGAAUUUGUUAGCGCUGUAGCCAAUAUUCAUACUUUCCACAUUUCUCACUAUCU